GGGGGAUGUUGGCUUUUCCCGAACGUCGGUGCGCGUGCGCCUUUCCUCAGAGGUCGUCAAGAUGGCGGCGAGGGCACCGGCUGCAGCCAGCGGUCGUCUCCUUGAUGGUAUUCGCAAAUGGUAUUACAGUGCAUGUGGAUUCAACAAAAUUGGACUUAUGCGAGAUGAUACAAUGUAUGAAGAUGAAGAUGUGAAAGAAGCGAUAAAGAGACUUCCUGAAGAUGUACGUAAUGAGAGAUUAUUUCGCAUCAAGAGAGCGUUGGACUUGUCCAUGAGGCAACAAUUACUUCCAAAAGAACAGUGGGUAAAAUAUGAAGAGGACAAACAUUAUCUUGAGCCAUAUCUGAAAGAAGUCAUCCGUGAAAGACUUGAAAGAGAAGAGUGGGAAAAGAAAUAGCUGCUGCUGCAAUGCACUUCAGAAAAAAUGUUUUCUUUUAAGUUUUAAAUUAUUUUGUUCAGGUAGGGGUCUACUGAGAAAAUCUGGGUGUGGAGAAAUCUCAUGUAAAUCUUUCCUCACUUAAUAUUCAUCCACCUAAAAUAAACAUUACCAAAUCUACUUGGAAUCCUUUCUCCUAAAUUGCAAGGAAUUGGUUCAAGUCUUUUCAGCUUCAUUGCAUGCUAACAUGUGAUCUGUGAUCUUCAUUCCAGCUGUUUGAGUAAUUCUUUUUGUCAUAAUACAGAUGUUUCCUGCAGCUGGAAGGGUAGAUAAGCAACAACCUUUGCUGUUUGUUUCUGUUCUUCUGAUUCAUUUCUUAAAAGGGGUGCCCAUCUGCAGAAUGACUAUAUAGCCAUCAUCGCCUCUUGUCUCUGGAGGUGGGAAUGCAGACACACUUAAGUAUUCAGCAGCAGCAACACUAGUUAGAGAUUACGUAAUCCCUAUCGUGUCUACCCAAACAAAUGAAACGCUGCAUUAAUAGAUGCUUUUGGAAUUUGUGUUUCUUGCCAAUCUUUAAAUAAAAGCAAUUGCCUCAUUUAACCUGAA